AUGGGUGAUGAAAUCACGAUUGGAACGAGAGAUAUACAAGCUGAUGGGAGACUCCUCUCCAACCGUUUUGCAGACGACAUUGUUCUCUUAUCGAGAAAAAUCACAGAAGCGGAGACUAUGUUAAGGGAACUAAACGAAGUAGGAAAACGGGUUGAACUGCGAAUCAACCGGAAGAAGACUCAGUUCAUAAAGAACACUUUUGGCGAGGAUCAGGAAAUGGAAUUAGAAGGCUCUCUCGAGCAGAUGUCUUCUUAUGCAUAUCUUAUUUGGAGAACGAUGAAGAACUAA